CUGAGCAGUGCAAUGGGACAGGGACCACCCAGUAGAAUGAAGGAUAGGAAGUUCAAGCCGGCGGCUCCGCCGUCGCACGUCGGACGUAAAAAGCGGAAGCAGAAGGGCCUUGAGGCCGCUGCGCGACUUCCGACGGUGAUGCCGCUGACCAGGUGCAGGCUCCGCCUCCUCAAACUGGAGCGAAUCAAGGACCAUCUCUUGAUGGAGGAGGAGUUCAUUAUCAACCUAGAGCGCCUCAAGCCUGAUCACGUGGAAAAGAACAAGAAGAACCGAUCUAGGGUCAGCGAACUUCGCGGAUCUCCCAUGAGCGUUGGCACCCUUGAGGAGCUUAUUGAUGAGAACCAUGCCAUAGUCUCCUCCUCGCUUGGACCUGAGUACUACGUGAUCAUUCUGUCUUUCGUGGACAAGGACCAGCUAGAGCCUGGGUGCUCGGUUCUCAUGCACAACAAGCACUGUUCUAUUGUUGGGAUCAUCCAGGAUGAUGUUGAUCCUUUACUUACUAUGAUGAAAGUAGAAAAAGCUCCAUUGGUGUCUUAUGCUGAUAUUGGUGGUCUGGAUGAUCAAAUUCAAGAAAUUAAAGAAUCAGUUGAACUUCCUUUAACCCACCCUGAGCUUUAUGAAGACAUUGGCGUCAGGCCACCCAAGGGAGUCGUACUCUAUGGAGAACCCGGAACUGGGAAAACUUUGCUUGCCAAAGCCGUGGCCAAAACAACUUCUGCCACAUUCUUGCGUGUCGUCGGAAGUGAAUUGAUCCAGAGGUACUUGGGUGAUGGUCCAAAAUUAGUAAGGGAACUCUUUAGAUUUGCUGAUGAUCUUUCUCCAUCAAUAGUGUUUAUUGAUGAGAUCGAUGCAAUUGGAACUAAAAGAUAUGAUGCUUAUUCAGAAGGAGAACUUGAGAUACAACGCACUAUGUUGGAAUUGUUGAAUCAAUUAGAUGGUUUUGACCCAAGGGGUGAUGUUAAAGUAAUUCUUGCCACAAACAGAAUUGAAAGCCUGGAUCCAGGCUUGCUUCGGCCAGGACGCAUUGAUAGAAAAAUUGAGUUUACUCUUCCUAAUGUCAAAAGUCGGCGAAAUAUUUUUGAGAUACACACUUCCAGGAUGACACUAGCUGAUGAUGUCAAUCUUGAAGAAUUCGUGAUCACAAAGGAUGAAUUUUCUGGAGCUGAUAUAAAGGCCAUAUGCACUGAAGCUGGUUUGUUUGCUUUGCGUGAACGCAGAAUGAAGGCAUGGUCAUACUUUUGACUC